AUGCCUGUCCAGCAUCUCAUCCAUCUGUCCUUGGACAGCCCUGUCCACGCCGUCUGUGUACUGGGCAUGGAAGUCAGCGUGGACAUCAAUGGGUGCGCCCCCACGGAGUGCACGUCCUUCACCAUCCACGGCUCCCCCGGGGUCCUCAUCGGCAGCUCGAGCACCGCCUUCACGAGGAAGGAGGACACUACGGUCUCGCGUCCGCUCCCCAGUCCCGCGCACGUGCCGCUGCAGAUGCUCUCGCUCAGCUUCAGUGAGGACGAGGACAAGGUGGAGGUGUCCUACUUCUGCCCCAAUGAGGACAGCCCUGCCGCCACCGCUGUGCUGUACCUCACCAGCAUCUACGUCUCCCUGGACGCGGACAUCUACCGCGAUGGGCAGCUGGAGAUGGCAAGCGACAAGCUGGCAAAGAAAAAGUGGGUGUGGGGGCCCAAUGGCUGGGGCGCCAUCUUACUGGUGAACUGCAACUCUGUCGAUCUGAGCCAAGUCACAGACAAGGCCAUCUUCUCCAAAGAAAUAAAGACUCUGGCUGAAGUGACUCUGACUGUCCAAGGCCCCAGCAGCACCUUAAAGAACUAUGGGCUGGUCCUCCACACCUCUGAGGAAGAGGCGAAGAAGAUAAGAAUCUACUGGCCCCAGGAAGAUGCCCAGUCUACAUUCAAGCUGGUGGUGGGCCCCAGCCAGCAUUUCCACACCUUGUCACCCCUGGAGAGUAUGGAGCAGACCUUGUAUGCGGAGGCCAUUGACUUUCCCAGCAGCAGCUUUUCGGGUCUGAUUUCCUUCUCUCUCUCUCUGGUGGAGCAGCCUCAAGACUCGGCAAUCCCCGAGACCCCGAUAUACAAAGACACUGUAGUGUUCCGGGUAGCACCCUGCAUCUUCAUGCCCAGUACCCAGAUGCCUCUGGAGGUCUACCUGUGCAGAGAGCUGCAGCUGCAGGGUUUUGUGAGCUCAGUGACAGAGCUGAGUGAGAAGAUGAAUGUCCCGGUGGCAACUGUGUAUGAGGAUCCCAACCGCCUAGGCAGGUGGCUCCAGGACGAGAUGGCUUUCUGCUACAGCCAGGCACCCCACGGGACCAUCUCCAUGGUCAUCGAUAGCCCUCGGACUGCCAAGCUGGAAGAUUUUCCCAUGAAAUACUCACUGAGCCCCGGUAUUAGCUACAUGACCCACUCGACAGAGGACCAUCAGGUGGCCAGCCUGGACUCCGUGGGGAACAUGAUGGUAUCUCCGCCAGUCAAGGCCCAAGGGAAGGAUUACCCCCUAGGCAGGAUCCUUAUUGGCAGCAGCUUUUACCCCAGUGCCAUGAGCCGGACCAUGGGCAAGAGCCUCCAAGCCUUCCUCUACGCCCAGCAGGUCCAAGCCCCACUGGAGCUCUUCUCAGACUGGCUGAUGACUGGCCACGUGGAUGAGUUCAUGUGCUUCGUCCCUGUGGAAAACAGCAGAGACACAAAGGACUUCCGGCUACUGCUGGCCAGCCCCAGUGCCUGCUAUGAACUGUUUCAGAAGAAACAGAGAGAGGGCUAUGGAAAUGCGACUCUGUUUGAAGAGGUCAGAACUGACCAGCUCAUUUCUAAUGGGCGCAAGGCCAAAACCAUCGAUCAACUCCUGGCUGAUGAAAAGUUGAGGAAAGAGAAUGACUACGUGGAGAAAUGCAUCUAUCUGAACCGUAUUCUCCUGAAGAGAGAGCUGGGCCUGGUGGAGAAGGACAUCAUCGACAUCCCCCAGCUCUUCUACCUGGAGAAGCUCACCAACAUCCCCUCAGACCAGCAGACCACCAAACUCUUCGCCAAGCCCUACUUCCCUGACUUGCUGCAGAUGAUCGUGAUGGGCAACAAUCUGGGGAUCCCCAAGCCCUUUGGGCCCCAAAUCAAGGGUAUCUGCUGCCUGGAAGAAAAGGUCUGCCACUUGCUAGAGCCCCUGGGCCUCCAGUGCACCUUCAUCGAUGACUUUGACUGCUACCUAACUGACGUCGGAGACUUCUGCUCCUGUGCCAACAUCCGCCGGGUGCCCUUUGCCUUCAAGUGGUGGAAGGUGAUGCCUUAG